CUGGUUUGACUAGUAGCCGUGCGUUGUCUUGUCCUACUAGCGUAGCCUUACGGUUCCGCGGGACUCAACGAAGAGCUUCGCAGAUACGCCUAGCUACCAAUCAUGGUAUCAAUCCUUUCGCAUCUGCUACGUCGGCAGCGCCAAGCACUGUAACGGUGAAACCCUCGGAGAGCAGGGAUGGUGCCUCGAGCAGAGAUGCUGCUUGGACUUCGCAUACAUGGAAAUGGAGGGGUUACACCAUACACUACAAGACCGCUGGAUGUGGCGAGCCGAUCCUCCUUGUACACGGAUUUGGGCUGUCGUCGUUUCACUUUCGUCGCAACAUCCCCGUGCUAGCAGAAAAGUACAAGGUCUAUGCGGUAGACCUGUUGGGCUUCGGCCGCUCCUCCAAACCCAUCCUGCAGUACAGCAUGGAGGUGUGGCGGGACCUGCUGCUGGACUUCUGCGCCCAGGUGGUGGGGGCCGGCCGGCCGCCGGUGCUGGUGGGCAACUCCAUCGGGGCGCUGGCGUGCCUCAUGGUCAACGCCGCCUCCCCGCCCGGCGCCAUCCGGGGUACGGUGCUGCUCAACAGCGCGGGCGCCAUGAACAACAAGGGGGUGCUGGGCGACGUGCGCAUCUUGGCGGCCCUGCCGCUGCUGCUGCUCAUUGACUUCCUGCUCUCCAUUCCCGCGUUCAGCGCAGCGCUGUUCAACAGGGUCAGGACCAAGGACAACAUCCGCCAGGUGCUGUCGGGCGGUGUGUACUGCAACCCGGCUGCGGUGGACGAGGCGCUGGUGGAGGAGGUGUUCGGACCCAGUUGCGACCCGGGGGCGCGGGAGGUGUUCGUGAGCGUCAUCACGGGUCCGCCCGGCCCCAAGCCCUGGAGCCUGAUGCCCGACGUGAAGGGGCCGCUGCUGGUGCUGUGGGGCGACAAGGACACCCUCACGCCGGCAGACGGACCCGUGGGUCGCUUCCUCCAGGCGUUGCCCAGUCGUCGCCCGGAAACCACGUUUAAGAUGUUGCAGGACGUGGGCCACUGCCUGCACGACGACCGGCCCGACCUGGUGCACUCGGAGCUGCUGCCCUGGCUGGAGGGGGUGGUGGCGGGGCGGGACAGCACACCAGCGGCAUCAGAGGCGGCGUCAGCCUUUCCUUCAAAGGGGCAGGAGGAGGAGGAGCGGAGGGCCGUGCAGGAUGCUGCGGUGGCGGCAGCAGCAGUGUCCGAGGUAGGCGCGGCGGCAGAGGCGGUGGCGGUGGCGGCGACAGCGGCGGUGGAGGCGCGCGCUGCGGUUGCGGAGGGAGAGGAGGCGUAGGAGGGAGGAGUGGGGUGAGCCUGGGCCCCCCCUGGGCGGGUUCCGAGAAGCGAGGGUGCUUGGUGUAGGGGCCUCACAGGGCCCCCAUGUUGGAAACGGGUUUUUGUUUGUCGUGCCAAGAGUGAGCUUGUGGCGGAGCUUGUUACUGCUUGAAAGGAGAGGCGCAUGCAAAGCGUCACGUACAGUGGUGCAUUUGAAGCUCGUAACCUGCUGCAGUGGCCACUGCGGGACGCAGUGGUCGUGACGGCAUACGGCAUAAAGUAUUGGGCAUGGGUUUGCGGUGACGGCAAGCCUAUCAUAUGGAAACGCAACAAUGAGAGGAAACACUUGCAUGCAGUACGGGAGAGUGAGGGAUGGAGUGGAGUGGACACCUGUUUUCCUGCCGUACGCGCAUUUUUUAUGAGAGGCACAGUAUUGUUAUAACGGUAUGAUCGAAGUGGUCAGGUUUAUGUAUGCAGGUGCAUCAGGAGGGUCAGUGGCAACAAGGAGUCGCCCAGUUAUCAUCUGACUCGCGUAUAACGCGACCUGCCAGGCAAAUACGACGUCAUGCUUUUGGGUUUCUUGUGCGCCCUGCCACCGAGUUCUGGUGUGUGCAUCCGAACUAUUGUCGACCCCGACAUUGCCGAAUGUACCGUGAACACGGUAGCGUGCUUGAAAAGGAGAGGGACAUGGAUGACAAGAUAUGCC